AUGGCUUUGGUUAUGGAACCUAUAAGUAAAUGGACACCAAAGCAAGUGUUGGAUUGGAUGAAAGGUCUGGAUGACUGCCUCCAGCAAUAUGUGAAGAGUUUCGAGCGGGAGCAAAUGGGCGGCGAGCAGCUUCUACAUAUCACCCAUCAGGAGCUGGAGGAGUUGGGGGUUACAAGGAUAGGACACCAGGAGCUCAUCCUAGAAGCAGUUGACCUCCUCUGUGCCCUGAAUUACGGCUUAGAAACAGAAAACCUCCGGACCCUGUCACACAAGCUCAACGCUUCAGCCAAGAACCUUCAGAACUUCAUCCUCGGUAGGCGGAGGGGAGGACACUAUGAUGGAAGAGCUUCCCGGAGGCUACCCAACGAUUUCCUCACAUCAGUGGUGGAUCUGAUUGGUGCGGCAAAAAACCUACUUGCCUGGCUCGACAGGUCUCCGUUUGCCAGCGUAACAGAGUAUUCAUUACUGAAGAACAAUAUCGUGCAGCUAUGCCUAGAAUUAACUACAAUUGUACAACAGGAUUGUACUGUAUAUGAGACAGAGAAUAAAAUUCUUCAUGUGUGUAAGACCUUAGCGGGGAUAUGCGACCACAUCAUCUCUCUGUCAUCAGAUUCACUGGUCUCUCAGUCAGCCCAUCUUGAGGUAGUCCACCUCACAAGCAUCAUGCCCAGUGAAGGCUUGGGGAUGUACAUAAAAUCAACAUAUGAUGGACUUCAUGUUAUUACCGGGACGACAGAGAAUUCUCCAGCAGAUCAGUGCAAAAAGAUUCAUGCAGGUGACGAAGUCAUCCAAGUCAACCAUCAGACAGUGGUGGGCUGGCAACUAAAGAACCUGGUCAAUGCUUUAAGAGAAGACCCAUGUGGAGUCAUCCUAACCCUGAAAAAAAGGCCACAGAACACCCUGAGUUCCACUCCGGCUCUGCUGAGGAAUGUGCGUUGGAAACCACUGGGCUUGCAGCCUGUCUCCACCAGCCCUACCAGCACCUCCCCUACACCCGGUGGUACUCUAGGCAUGUCCAAAAUGGAUGCGCAGGAUGUCUACAUCCUUUCUCCUGUUUCUGGACUCUACAGCCCUAGGGAGGAGUUGGGGUUGAUGUCAUGUGAUGACAUCACUCGGUACAGUGUGACCUCACAGUCUGGGUCGAAAGGGUCAGAGGCUGUCAGCUAUUACUUGGACCAGGAUAGUGGUCAGUACUUUUCUCUGUUGGAGGGGGACGGCCCACCAGGCUCUGAAUAUGACAGAGGCCGUAAUACGGGCGUGCGCAGGAGGGACAAGACCCCUACACAUGGUGACCUCAGACCUGUGUCCAUGCCUCCCGAAUAUAACUGGAUGGCCGAGGCCAAGGAACCCAGCAUGGGCAAGAGAGGGAGUCGAGAUUCGGACAAUUCCUUAUUACGUUACCUCAGUGAUGACAAAAUUCUGGUCAUUGAGGAGGAACCCGAAGGUCCGGGUCGAGAGAGCCGCAGAGACUCCACUAGACGAUCUCGGCGCAAGAGCCGCAAUCCCAGCAGCCCUAGCUUUCCUCUUAGUCCGUCUAUGCUGUCCUCCACACUGCGCUUAGAUCAGCCACCUGAUCCUUUGCCUCGAUGUGCGGACACACUGCGAGCUGACACAACAGACAGGUACUCUGGUUCUGGAAGCUCAGGAGCAGCCUCCAUGAAGAAAUCUUUCCAUUACACCUCACUAAGAACAAAAACCAAAAAGCGAAGUAAAGGUUCGCUAACUAGCGCCAGUCGACGGAGAAUUUCCUGUAAGGAUCUCGGCCAUGGUGACUGUGAAGGCUGGUUGUGGAAAAAGAAGGAUGCUAAAGGAUACUUUACACAGAAAUGGCGGAAGUACUGGUUUAUCCUGAAAGAAUCCUGCCUCUAUUGGUACACCAAUCAGAAUGACGAGAAGGCUGAGGGCUUCAUCAGCCUCCCUGAGUUCAGAAUAGACCGAGCCAUAGAGUGCAGACGGAAAUUUGCCUUCAAAGCCUGCCAUCCCAAAAUCAAGAGCUUUUUCUUUGCCACAGACUGUCUUGAGGAAAUGAAUAGGUGGAUGAACCGGCUUGGUUUGGCUGCUAUCGGCUACACACCGGAUGACAAAGUGCCACGUCCAGACGAAGAUUACUGGAGUGAGAGUGAUCAAGAUGAGGUUGAUGGCUCCAUGACACUCAAACAAGAAGGACCAUCAUCGCUCUGUGAUACUUACCAUCGCACACCAUCAGUGAAUUCCUCGAGUCCCUUCCCAGAACCAAAGCAUGGGCGGCAUUUUUCCAGCGAGUCUACCCACUCCCACUCGUCUGCUGAAGACCAACGUGGAGAGGGACUGGGCAUGGGCACAGGAACAGGCAGCACCAGUACCCACUCCUCAGGCUGCCGGUCUUCACAUCGUGAGCGACGUUCCUGGCAGGACCUCAUCGAGACCCCCCUAACCAGCGCAGGGCUGCAUUUUCUCCAGACAGCACCGGGGGAAAGCGAUUAUGGUGGCCUAAUGGGGAGCAUGGCUGGUGAGAUGGGGCUCUAUGCAGGACUGGGAAGACAGGGCAUGUCCCCGGAAAGACGCAGGCAGGCUACGCUGCCGGUACGGAGACAUCACGCCGCAGACAGAGACAGGGAUCGGGAUGGGCCUUUUCCCCUGGAGCGUGGUCCACACACACACAGCUACACACACCGACGCUCGCAUAAGCAGCGCAGUCAGAGUCUCCCCAGGAAUAGGGACCCAUUUGGAGGAAAGCUGAUACACUCAUCACCUCACAUGGAGGAGAGGAGUGAAGAAGACGAGGAGGCAGAGAGACAGGCUGCAGAUAUACUCGAGGGUGAGGAGGACCUGCGAGAAUUGAGAGUUGACAGCAGAGAGAGGAGGGUCUCAGAGGGAAGGGAGCGACGGGUGUCAGACGGACGUGAACCUGAGCCACUGGAUGGACUUGAACAACUGUACCGGGCCCUCGAACAAGCCAAUGUCACAGCGCUAGGUGACCCGAGACCCUGUAGCAGGCAGGAACUUAGACGAGGUUUCAACCACAGAGUCAGGGACCCCCUUCUGAAUGACAGACUGCACCGUGUCCGAGCACUACGCAGCACCUUGAAGGCCAAAGAGUCUGAGCUGGCGGUCAUCUGCACCCUCCUGGAGGACCCUGGCCUGUGCUCCCAGACCUUCAGGGAAUGGAAACAGUGGCACAGUGAGCUCUAUUCCGACAUCUGUCAGCUCAGCACCGGCACCAACGGCCAGGACGAUCUUUCCCCACUCAGCGCUCCCAUCAUGACACACACACACUCCUUUAUUGAGACCCAUGUGUGA